UUCCCAAUUCCCAUGUCACAGAGGUGAGCUAUUAGUCAAACAUUCCAAUCCAAUCCCACCACCACCGCCUUCUCCGCCGCGUCGCCGCCGCCAUGGACACCACCCCCGAGGACCCCCACCACGACUCCGCCGCCACGCAGCCCCUCCUCUCUAAACCAUAUCCCACUCUUGAACCACCCAUAGCUUCCAUCUCCGAAGCUGAAGAAGAUCAAUCCCAAUUCCUUCAGAUCUCCUACAAUUACGGCCCUCGUCCCCUCAAAGAUCUCCCCUUUCUCAUCCUCUUCUCUCUCCUCCUCCUCUCCACCUUCGCCCUCGGAAUCUUCGCCUCCGUUAACCGAAACCCCCACCGCCACGACAUCUCCUAUUUUGCCUACGACGUAGCCACCUCUUCCUGCGUCUCCGUCCAUGUCCGUAGCCCUAGGCCCUUUUCUUCAAAUUCGUCAAAAUCGAAUCUUUUCGAGGUCGGGGACAGCUCCAUUUCCCCAAAUUUGAAUCUUGUAGCUGAUUUUGUUUAUAUUUCAUCUCAUUUAGGCAGGUUUGAUUUGGUGAAUUUUGUGAAUUUUACUGAUUCGAGUGUGUGGGAGAGCUUGGUUUGGACUCUUGUAGUGACUCUAAUUGUGAGUGUGCCGUUUCUGUUCUUGGUGCUUUUGCUGCUCAAGCACUACACUAAGCAGAUAGUUUAUGCCUCGCUUCCCUUCUUCGUGAUUGUUCCUAUUUUCGUGAAUGUUUACUGGUUUGUUGCUUGCACCGUGAGCUCCACCUGCAGUGAGGCCUUCCCUUUGGCUUAUCGGAUUGUUGUCCUAAUUUUUGUGUUCUUGAUAAUCGGUGUGAUUGUGUGGAUAUUUGUGGUGAAUUGGCAUAGAAUUGAGCUGACUGUGAAAGUUAUUGGCGUGGCGUCUACUGCUUUGUUGAAGAAUUCGGGGUUGUUUGGGGCUCUUCCGGCUCUGACUCUGGGGCUGGUCGUGUGCUAUGUGCCGAUUGUUGUGUUUUUGGUGUUUUCCAGCUCGAAUGGUGAAAUUGUGCCACGGGAAGAGCAUGGAGAGUAUGUUUGUGUGUGGAAGCAGGAUAGCUGGGUGCCUGCUUAUUACACAUUGGCAAUCUUGACUAUGCUGUGGUCUGCCACUAUUAUGGUGGAAGCUCAAGUGUAUGUGAUCAGUGGGACUAUUGCACAGUGGUAUUUCUCCAAGGAUGACUCUCCGCCAAAGCAUGGGAUACGAAGCUCUUUGAGGAAUGCGUUUGGUCCCUCCUUUGGCACUAUAUGUUUCUCCGGUUUACUCAUCUCUAUAGUUCGAAUCGUUCGUUCCAUUGUUGAUAAUGCUAGACAAGAAGAUGCAUCUGGUAUCGUCAAUCUUAUUCUGCGGUGCUGUGCGAAUGCCCUGUUGUCGGCAGUUGAUUUUCUGAACAAGUUCACCAUUAACUUUGCCGCCAUAACUGGUGAAGCAUACUGCAGUGCUGCGAGGAUGACUUAUGAGCUUCUCAAACGGAACCUUCUCUCAGCAGUGUUUGUCGAAACUGUUUCCACUCGAAUACUCUCUGGAAUUGUCCUCGUGUUAUCAGCAAUAUAUGCCAUACUGGUUUGUGUUCUUCUAAAAGCUGCAGUGCAUCUUGGCGAUGAUGCAUACUUCAUUGCUUUCGUGGCGUGGAUCUUGCUGAUGGUGGUCCUGGGGUUCUUCGUUCAUGUGUUGGAUAAUGUUAUCGACACCGUGUAUGUGUGCUACGCCAUAGACAGGGAUCGGGGGGAGGUUUAUAAACAAGACGUCCAUGAGGUGUACGUUCACCUCCCAAUCAGUAGAAGUCAUAGGGCCGGUUUCGUUCCUAGAACCACGAACGUGGUGUAAGUGGUCAAGUUAGUCGUCUCUCUGUUGUACAAUCUGUAAUUUUAUUUUGCUUGGAGGUAUACUAGCCAGUUUAAUGGCAAGUUGUGCAUAUCUGAGAUUCUACCUUGUAUUCAGCUUUGUUUAACAAUAAAAAAGGGGGAAAAAAAGGUUCUGCAUCUUUUGAUUUA